AUGCAAAAAAUUAAUAAACUUCACAAUUGUGGGAAGUCCGAAAGCUAUAGCGGCUACGGUCAUGGCGAACUAAACGUUGAAGUCGUGAUUUUGGAUAAGAAUGACAGUCCGCCGGAGUUUAAGAACAUACCUCCGGCGUAUCUAGCUUCGGAAGAUUUAGCGCCUGGACAACUUAUCGCAACAAUUGUUGCAGAGGAUCCCGACACAAUAGGCACUAUUACGUAUAGUAUACAAACAGAAGAGUCUACACCUUUCUCUUUAAACGCUCAAAAUGGUCAGCUAACGUUGAAAGAACCACUUGACCGCGAAACCAUUUCAGAAUACCAGGUCUUAAUAAGAGCUGAUGAUGGAAUGCAGUUUACAGAUGUUACAAUCAUUGUCCAGGUUACAGAUACCAAUGACAAUCCACCAGUUUUUAAAGAAAGUGCAUACUCUUUUGACAUACCCGAAAACACAGCUCGGGGUUCCAUAGUAGGGACUGUUGGUGCUAUCGAUGUGGACUCAGGGCCGAACGCUCAACUCACGUAUACUGUUAUAUCGGAUUGGGCGAACGAUGUCUUUUCUCUAAACCCACAAACUGGAAUAUUCACAUUGACAGCGAGACUCGACUAUGAAGAGACGCAACACUAUAUAUUCGUAGCUCAAGCACAAGACAAUGGUCAUCCAUCUUUAUCCGGGACUGUAACCGUUUAUAUUAACAUAAUUGAUCUUAACGACAACGCCCCAAUCUUUGACCCAAUGAGUUUCUCAAAUGAAAUUCUAGAAGAUGCCCCGAUUGGUUCUUCUGUCGUUACAGUUAGUGCCACUGAUAUGGAUUCAGGACUGAAUGGUAAAUUGACGUAUAGCAUUACAUCUGGAGAUGAUAACCAAGAUUUUAAAAUAACAUCUAACGGAACAAUCAUAACGGCUAAAUUACUUGACAGAGAAACACUGCCAAUAUACAAUUUAAUAGUUGCAGCCAAAGACUCAGCUAAGCCUCCUGAACCACAACUUUCAGCUACAGUGCAGGUUACAAUUCAAUUAAAAGAUGUAAAUGACAUGGCUCCUGAAUUUAUAUCCUCUAAUACAACAGCGAUUUCGGAAAACAUACCCCUCAACACGGUUAUCAUGACAAUUAAAGCCAUAGACAAAGAUGAAGGGCGAAAUGGAUAUGUUGAAUAUUUCAUGGAGUCAAGUCCGGAAGUGAAUGGAUAUUUUACGUUGGGGAAUGUGGAUGGUAUACUUCGUGCUACUGGAAAGCUUGAUAGGGAGCUUAAAUCAAAUUAUACAAUAUCAGUUACUGCUAAAGACAGAGGAGAACCACCUAAUAUAACCGGCGCUAAAAUAAAUAUAAUCAUUUUAGAUGAGAAUGAUAAUAGUCCUGUAUUCGAUCCAAAACAAUACAGUGCAUCCGUUCCAGAAAACGCUAGUAUUGGAGCAAGUGUCUUAGAGGUGUCUGCAACAGAUAUUGAUGAGGAUGCUAAUGGCAGAGUUAGAUAUUCUAUCGCUUCAGGAGAUGAAAAUAGAGAUUUUAGUAUCAGUGAAGAUACUGGUAUAGUAAGAGUAGCUAAAAACCUUAAUUUUGAAAGAAAGUCUCGAUAUAUACUAUCAAUAAGAGCGGAAGAUUGUUCUAAAGAUGACGUGAGAUUUGAUACAGCUGAAUUAUCCAUUUCCAUACAGGACAUAAAUGAUAAUCCUCCAACAUUUUUAGACUCUCCAUAUUUAGCAUACGUAAUGGAAAAUGUUAUCCCACCAAAUGGUGGCUAUAUAUUAACAGUGCAUGCAUAUGAUGCUGAUUCGCCACCCUUUAAUAAUCAAGUUCGCUAUUUUAUAAAAGAAGGUGAUGCAGAUGUGUUUAAAAUCAACGCUUCAACUGGCGAAAUAUCUUUGUUAAGAACACUGGAUCGUGAAACCCAGGAUGAAUAUAUACUUUCACUUGUUGCUAUGGAUACAGGAUCGCCGCCCCUUACAGGAUCCGGUACAGUAAAAAUCAUUGUUCAAGAUGUGAAUGACAAUAAUCCUGACUUUGAAAGGCAGAGUUACAGAGCUAAUGUGAAGGAGAACCUACCACCAGAUACUAUUAUUCUUCAACCAAAAGCCUUGGAUAAGGAUAUCGGAAAUAAUGCAAGAAUUAGAUAUAGCCUUCUUGGCGACAAAUCAGAAAGAUUUAAAAUUGAACCUGUGACAGGUAUAAUUUCUACGAACGCUUCCUUGGAUAGAGAGGAAUGGGAUACUUAUUAUUUAAUAAUAAUGGCUCAAGAUUCUUCAACUACGGAUCCAAGAACUGCAACAGCAAAUCUUACGGUAAUUGUGGAAGACGAAAAUGAUAACACACCAAUAUUUCCUCAGGCGAUUUACGAAGUUUAUAUUUCGGAGCGUACAAUUUCUGGUGAUUUCGUUUUUGGUGUAAAAGCCAAAGAUAAUGAUGUUGGUCAAAACAAGAAAAUUGUAUAUGACUUAAAAGGUGAUCUACAAAAUAUUUUUAGUAUUAAUAAGGAUACGGGUGUUAUUAAAGCAAAAGAAAAUUUGUUAAAGUACAAAGAUAAAAACAGAACAACGUUUAAUCUAAUAAUUCUUGCCACUGAUAGUGGUUCACCUCCAAGGCAAAGUUCAACUGAAUUAAUACUCAUCCCAAAAUCAGGGAAAAACUUUCCAAAAUUCACAAUAAAUAACAAAUUAACUUUUACAUUUUCUGAAGAUACGCCAGAAGGUCUUCUAGUGACAAGACUUUCUGCAACAUCCCCAAAGAAAGGUCCAACAGGUUUAUUACAAUACUCAGUUGCUGGAGGUAACGUUGGAGAUGCUUUAAGGGUCGAACCAAUGGGCGGAGAAAUUUUUAUUACUGGUAAAGGACUUGAUUAUGAGACUAUGCCUCUCUACGAAGUGUGGUUUGAGGUAAAAGAUUCUGACAAUCCACCUCUUAAAUCUUUUAUUGAAAUUGAAAUUAAAGUUACUGACGCAAAUGACAAUGCUCCUAUUAUUGAAAAUCUAUUAUAUAAUGCUACAGUACCCGAAGAAGAAUCACCUCCACAGUUAGUUACUAAAAUUGAAGCACAUGACGAUGAUUCUAAUGAAAAUGGAAGAAUAUCAUUUAGAUUAAUAAACGACUAUGAAGAAACAUUUGUUAUUGAUUCAGAUAGUGGAGAAAUAUUUACUAACAUUGCGUUAGACAGGGAGUCCAUUCCGUUUUAUGAAAUAUUGGUUGAAGCCGUUGACCAUGGUGUUCCUCAACUAACUGGUACCUCAACAGUUUUAGUAUCUGUCUUAGAUAAAAAUGAUAAUCCACCCAGAUUUACACGACUCUUCAGUGUGAACGUUACCGAAAAUGCAGAAAUUGGUUCGUUUGUAAUAAGGGUUACAAGUUCUGACUUAGAUAUUGGUCCAAAUGCUAAUGCUACAUAUAGUUUUGUCGAUAACCCCGGUGAAAAAUUUGUAAUAGAUGCUAUUAGUGGUAAUAUUACUGUUGCUCGUUCUCUAGAUAGAGAACUACAAGAUGAAUAUAUUUUAAAAGUGGCUGCAAUUGACGGUGCUUGGCGAUCAGAAACACCUUUAACUAUAACUAUACAAGAUCAAAAUGAUAAUGCACCUGAAUUUGAAUAUUCGUAUUAUAGCUUCAAUUUCCCUGAAUUGCAAAAGAAGAACAGCUUUGUUGGUCAAGUCAUAGCUACAGAUAAAGAUAAGCAGGGUCCAAAUUCCAUAAUUUCAUACUCAUUACAACAAACUUCAGAUCUCUUUACUAUAGAUCCAGCCACAGGUGAAAUUCUAAGUAAGUUUGUGAUGAAUUACAAAAGAACUUCAAUCAAUUCAUCUCCUGAAAACUCUUACUCUGUUAUUGUUGUAGCAACUGAUAAUGGCAAGCCUCCUAUGUCGUCAGAAUGUUUAGUAACUAUUAACGUCGUUGAUGCAAACAACAAUAAACCUCGCUUUAAAAAUCAUGAAAAGUUAAUCCCUGUACCACAGGAUGCUAUAGUUGGAGAAAAAAUUAUAAAAUUAGAAGCGGAAGAUAAUUUAGACUUUGGAAUCAACGCAGAAAUAGAAUAUUUCGUUUUUGAUGGCAAUGGUACAACUUAUUUUUCUAUUGAUAAAUUAAAUGGUUGGGUUGUCGUAAGUAAACAGUUUUAUUACACUGGACAAUAUUAUGAUUUAAAAGUGAAAGCAGUUGAUCGUGGUGUGCCUCCACAAUGGGAUGAAACGAAAUUAACAUUUGUAGUUACAGGUGAAAAUAUUUAUAGUCCUAAAUUUACGGCAUUAAGCUAUCAAGUUAUAGUACCGGAAAAUGAACCAGUUGGCUCCUCGAUUCUCACUUUAAAUGCAAAGGAUGCAGACGCAGGACCAAAUGGUAUUGUAAGAUAUGCUAUCACAUCAGGAAAUGAAGGAAAAGAAUUCAGAGUUGAUCCAGUAUCAGGAGCAAUCAGUAUAUUAAGACCUUUAGAUUAUGAUGAAAUUCAGGAAUAUCGAUUAAACAUUACUGCUAAAGAUCUUGGUUUUAAGCCAAAAGAAACCACGGCAACUGUAACCAUUAUUUUAACGGAUAUAAAUGACAAUGCUCCCCAAUUUAAUCAAACAAAAUAUAUUGCGUACUUACCUGAAAAUUCACCAGUCAACAGUUUCAUAUUCAAGGUACAAGCGAUUGAUAUAGAUUCUUCUAAGAAUGCAGUAAUAAAAUAUCACAUAAACAAUGAAAUGUUAUCUCUAUUUAACAUAAAUCAAAAUACCGGAGAGAUAUUUUCGAAAGAAAUAUUUGAUUAUGAAGAAAAAGCAAUGUAUAGCUUACAAAUAAUGGCUGAAAAUCCUAAUUCAAUAAUGCGUAAUACGACUGAAGUAAUUAUUUACAUAACAGGGGUUAAUGAAUACUAUCCUAAAUUUAUACAACCCGUAUUUCACUUUGAUGUUUCUGAAUCAGCUGAGGUUGGGGCUAAAGUUGGUGUUAUUCAAGCAACAGAUCAAGACAGCGGUGAUGAUGGAAUAAUAUAUUACCUCUUUGUUGGAUCAAGUAAUGAUAAAGGCUUUAGUAUUAAUUCACAAACAGGCGUAAUACGUGUCGCGCGAUACUUAGAUAGAGAAACGCAAAAUAGAGUAGUCUUAACAGUGUUAGCAAAAAAUUCUGGUGGUAUCCAUGGUAACGAUACUGAUGAAGCUCAAGUAAUUAUAUCAAUACAAGAUGGUAACGAUCCCCCAGAAUUUUUACGACAUUAUUAUGAAGCAAGUGUUUCCGAAGGAGCAAAUAUUGGACAUGAAGUUAUUAAGGUAACAGCUGUUGAUAAAGAUGUCCGGCCACAGAAUAAUCAAUUCAGCUUUUCCAUUAUUGGUGGUAAUAGUAAUCAAGACUUUAAAAUUGAUUCUCAAAAUGGCGAAAUUGAAGUUGCCCGGCAUUUAGAUCGGGAAACAUUAUCGGUAUAUUCACUAAUAAUUGGUGCUAUUGAUACAGGAAUACCUCCACAAACGGGAACUACUACUGUCAAAAUUACAGUUACUGAUAUAAAUGACAAUGGUCCUAUUUUUGAUGUUGUCAAUUUCAAUGGUGCUGUUUAUGAAAAUGAACCUCCUAAUACGAGUAUAACGACGUUAGCCGCUAAAGAUCCUGACUUACCACCUAAUGGUGCUCCUUUCUCAUAUGCUAUAGUUGGUGGUAGGCAUCAAAGUUACGUUAAAGUUCAUAAGCAUACGGGGGUUUUGUUGACAACAAAGAAAAUUGAUAGAGAAGUAACUCCUUACUUAGAUGUCACUAUACAAAUUGAAGAUAGUGGAACACCUGUAAUGCACUCUAAUUACACGAUUCAGAUAAAAAUUUUAGAUAGAAAUGACAACCCUCCAACACCUAGGUCGGUUCAUGUUCUCGUUCACACAUUUAAUAAUAAAACACCGUCCGGAAAAAUUGCUGAUGUUAAGCCCAAUGAUCCAGAUAUAGUUGGCGAUUAUAAAUGCCAAAUUAUAAAAGAUUCCACCUCAGAUAGUACGAUAUCAAUAUUCAAUAUUCGGAAGGGGUGUGACCUUUAUACAAAUGCAGUUAGGCCUGGGCAAGGAUAUUCUUUUUCAGUAUCUGGAAGUGACGGUAUACACAAAGAAGUAGUUUCAUCUAUAAGUGUUGAGUACUUUUCUUUCGAUAAUAAUACGGUUGAACAAUCAGUGACAACAAGGAUAGUAAAUAUGACAUCAUCCGACUUUCUUACACACUUUUACAGGAUAUUGCUCGAAAUUUUAAGAAUGGAUAUGAAAAAUAAAGAAAAUAUUUAUUUAUACAGUAUAAAUGAAGUCAAUGAAAAUAUAGAUUUGACAAUUGCUAUUAAAGAAAACAACGCAAUUUGGAAAAAAGAAAACACUGAAAAAUACUUAAAAUCCAAAGUAUCUGAAAUUCGGAAAGUUUUAAAAAAACAGGUGAUAGUUCCAUUCUAUCCUUGUUCUACACUUCAGUGUCAGAAUGACGGUAUAUGUACAGAUUCAAUUAAUGUAUUAGAAGGUACAAAAAGCACUGAAAGUUCUACUUUAAUACUGACAUCACCUCUCGUACAUCAUGAUUAUGUAUGCCAUUGCACAGAUAGAUUUAUGGGUGAAAAUUGCGAGAAACGACAAGAUCCUUGUUCGCCAAAUCCUUGCGAAUUUGGAGGACAAUGCCGCAAGCAAGGGCAUGACUUUGUGUGCAUAUGUCCAUUACGACGUGAAGGAAAAACAUGUGAAUUAGAACGGGAUGAUGUAUGUAGUAGCAAUCCUUGUAAAAAUGGUGGGUCAUGUAAAGAAAGUUCCGAUAGAAAUGCAUUCUUUUGCUUAUGCCGACCUGGUUACCGUGGCAAUCAAUGUGAAGCACUUGUAGACUCGUGUAGACCAAACCCAUGUAUGCAUGGCGGAAUUUGUAUAAGUCUUAAACCUGGAUAUCGGUGCAGUUGUACAAAUGGUCGCUACGGUACCCAUUGUGAAAGUUCAACGUUCGGUUUCAAUGAACUCUCUUAUAUGCAAUUCCCAGCAUUAGAUGCAUCAACAAAUGAUAUAACAAUAAUAUUUGCAACUACGAAAUCUGAUGCUUUGCUGCUUUAUAAUUAUGGUGCACAUUCUGGAGGUAGAUCAGACUUUAUUGCAAUAGAAUUACUUGGAGGAAAACCAGUAUUUUCCUUUGGAGGCGCUAGAACUUCAAUCACUUCAGUAGCCUUAAUAAAUAGUGAUAAAAAUCUUGCUGAUGGAAAAUGGUAUAAGCUAACAGCGACAAGAAAUGGCCGAGUCAUAUCUCUAAGUGUGGCUUCUUGUACUGACCACGGUGAUGUUUGUAGUGAAUGCGAGCCUGGCGAUGACCUAUGUUAUGGUGAUGACACGGGACAAGCAGGAACUUUAAACUUUAACAACGAACCUUUGUUGGUUGGUGGACUUCAUAAAUCUGAUCCAGUGCUGGAACGUCCUGGACAAAUUCACUCAGAUGAUUUUGUUGGCUGUAUGCAUAGUAUUACUAUUAAUGGUAGAGUUUUAAAUUUGACUAACCCUUUAAAUGGCCAGGGAGUCGAACCUAAUUGUGAUAGAAAAGAAAAAGGAGCUUGUUAUAAGGCGGAUAUAUGCGGCUUUGGGGAAUGUUAUGAUACAUGGAAAACGCACUAUUGUAAAUGUGAUAACAGUUUAAUUUCGCCUGAUUGCCAAAAUUCUCUUCAAAGUAUUUCAGUUGGCGAAAAUGGAUAUAUAACAUAUGGGAUUUCAGAGAAGCAUCGGAGAAUGCAAUUAUUGGAUUCAUUCUAUGGAGGAAGUACAAUUUGGGAAAGAAAAUCAAGCAAAGGAAAAUUAAAUAUCAAAGCCACGAAUCCUGCCAAACAUUUGUCUUUUUUAUUUAGAACGCAUAAGAAAGAUGGAGUUCUUUUUUAUGCUGCUACAGAUAAAUAUUACACCCUAAUAGAAUUAUUAUGUGGGAGAAUAAGUUACACUUCUAAACAAAAUACUGUAGUAAAUAUGAGUCAGAUAGAACAAGAAGAUAUUGCUGAUGGGAACUGGCAUAAUAUAACCUUACUAGGACACGGGCGAAGUAUCAGAUUAAUUGUAGAUGGGAGAAAUGUUGGUGAAGAGUUAGAUGCAGCUGGGGUUCACGAUUUCUUAGAUCCUUAUUUAACAACUAUAUCUUUGGGAGGAAUAAAAUCUGAAUUAAUAUCAGCAUUUAAUAAGUUUGAAGGUUGUCUGGCCAAUUUCACUGUUAACAACGAAGUUCAACCAUUUAUCGGAAAUGGCAGUAUAUUUAAAGAAGUAAUCAAAUCUGGUAAAAUUUUCACUGGUUGUCAUAGUGAAUUAGUCGCUGGGCUCUCUAAAAAUUCAAGUCCUUUAUCUAUAGGAAUCGCAGCUGUCGCAGCAUUCUUUGUCAUACUAAUUUGUGCCUUUAUAGUAUCAUACAUUGUUUAUCGAGUUCGUAAGAAAAAGAAAGAAAAAAGUAACACCCCUAUUGGAAAAAGUAAUAUGGUUCAUACAAAACAAAACGGUGGUCCUGCUAUGUUAAACGCCCCAAAUUUAAUAGCUGGAACUAAUGAUAGUCUUAUGAAUAGAAAUGUGCAUAAUAAUGAAACAAGUUUGAACAGCUACAUUUCCGAAAACGCAGAUAUAAUGCGUAACGUUGGACAUAUUGUUGGACCUGAGCUGCUGUCAAAAAAAUAUAAAGAUCGUGAAAUAAUGAAUCUAGAUGCCCCAAGACCUCAGAGACCAGACAUUAUAGAACGUGAAGUUGUUGGUAAAAGCCCUGCUCUUAGAGAAGAUCAUCAUCCUCAACCACCUCCUUCAGCAAAUACGUCACAUCACACGCAUGAUCAUCCUAAUGGUAUGGAUAUUAAUUCUGAAGUACCUGAACAUUAUGACUUAGAAAAUGCGAGUUCAAUAGCACCUUCUGAUAUAGAUAUUGUUUAUCAUUAUAAAGGAUUUAGAGAAGCUAGCGGAGUUCGAAAAUAUAAAGCUACACCACCACCAAUGGCAGGAUAUCAUCACAAGCAUCAAACUCCUCAGCAUAGACAUUCACCACAUCACCCUAGUGGAUAUCCUCCGAGAGUACUCACACAAACUUCACAACAACCUCCCCAGUCAAGACAACAUCAGACUACACCCCUAGCAAGGUUAUCGCCUAGCAGUGAAUUAAGUCAGCAACCAAGAAUUCUUACACUUCACGAUAUAUCUGGGAAACCACUUCAAAGUGCUUUAUUAGCAACAACAUCGAGUUCUGGAGGAGUUGGUAAAGACGCUUUACAUAGCAAUAGCGAGCGUAGUUUAAAUAGUCCUGUUAUGUCACAACUUAGUGGCCAAAGCUCUUCUGCUGGAAGAAAAACCCCCAGUGCUACACCACAGGGCCCACAAGUAGUUUCUGUAGGAUCUGGAGCAGUCGGGUUAACUGCAGAAGAAAUUGAAAGGAUGAAUGCGAGACAACGAACAUCGAGUCUAGUCUCUACUCUUGAUGCAGUUUCUAGUUCAAGUGAAGCACCUCGGGUUGGAGUUAUUAGUCAUCACAUGUCUCAUAGGCAUCAUUCGCCACCUGUUGAUAACAGAAGUUCGACUGGUUCAGAGGAUGAAAGUGCUAAUGAUAGUUUUACAUGUUCUGAAAUAGAAUACGAUAAUAACAGCAUCAAUGCCGAUAAACCAGAAGAUGUCAGAAGACAAAACAUAAGUAAUGGCAAUAGCAAUAAGAAACCUAUAUUACCACCACCGUAUGAAAGCUUUGAUUCUUCUUUUCGGGGUUCUUUAAGUACUUUGGUUGCGUCAGAUGAUGAUUUAGCUCCUCACGUAGGAUCUGCCCUUUAUCGACAAGCAAAUGGAUCACCAGCUCCAGCUACUCUCGGCUGGGAUUAUCUAUUAAAUUGGGGUCCAAAUUUUGAGAGCAUGAUUGGAGUUUUUAAAGAUAUUGCCGAGCUACCAGACUCAGUAAAUGGUCGCAUGUCUUCCUCCCUGAGACUACCAAACGGAACGCCGAAGCCAUCAGAAGAGUAUGUU